AUGGAGGACAUCUUCGACGGUGCUAUCGGUAUCGACCUCGGAACCACCUACUCCUGCGUAGGUGUCUGGCAAAACGACCGGGUCGAAAUCAUUGCCAACGACCAGGGUAACCGCACGACACCGUCCUACGUCGCCUUCUCCUCCGAGGAGCGUCUGAUCGGCGAUGCCGCAAAAAACCAGGCCGCCAUGAACCCCAAGAACACGAUCUUCGACGCAAAGCGUCUCAUCGGCCGGAGAUUUGACGACCCCGACGUCAAGAAGGACAUGACACACUGGCCCUUCGAGGUCGUUGAGAAGGACGGUUCUCCUCUGAUCAAGGUCGAAUACCUUGGCGAGGAGAAGACCUUCAGCCCGCAGGAGAUUUCAUCCAUGGUUCUGACCAAGAUGAAGGAGAUUUCGGAGGCCAAGCUCGGCAAGACCGUGAAGAAGGCCGUGGUCACCGUCCCUGCAUACUUCAACGACUCCCAGCGUUUGGCUACCAAGGAUGCCGGUACCAUCGCUGGUCUUGACGUUCUCCGUAUCAUCAACGAGCCCACGGCUGCCGCUAUUGCCUACGGUCUCGACCGUACCUCUACCAGCGAGCGGAACGUCCUCAUCUUCGAUCUUGGUGGAGGAACUUUCGAUGUCUCCCUGCUCAACAUCACCGGUGGUGUCUUCGCCGUCAAGGCGACUGCCGGUGACACUCACCUUGGUGGUGAGGACUUCGACAACAACCUGCUCGAUCACUUCAAGAAGGAGUUCCAGCGCAAGACCAAGCUCGACAUCUCCGACGAUGCCCGUGCCCUGAGGCGGUUGCGCAGCGCCUGCGAGCGUGCCAAGCGUACCCUGUCCAGCGUGACCCAGACCACGGUUGAGGUCGACUCGCUGUACCAGGGCGAGGACUUCUCAGCGAACAUCACCCGUGCUCGUUUCGAGGAGAUCAACGCCCCUCUCUUCAAGUCGACUAUUGAUCCUGUCGAGCGGGUACUGAAGGACGCGAAGAUGCCCCGUGAGAAGGUCGACGACAUUGUCCUUGUCGGUGGUUCGACUCGUAUCCCCAAGGUCCAGUCGCUCGUCUCCGAGUACUUCGGCGGCCGUCAGCUCAACAAGUCGAUCAACCCCGACGAGGCUGUUGCCUACGGUGCCGCUGUCCAGGCUGCCGUUCUCACUGGCCAGACGUCUGACAAGACCGCGGACCUUGUGCUCCUCGAUGUCGCUCCCUUGUCGCUCGGUGUCGCCAUGCAGGGCGACAUCUUCGGUGUCGUCGUUCCCCGUAACACCCCGAUCCCUACCAACAAGUCGCGGACAUUCACGACGGUCGAGGACAACCAGACGACUGUCACCUUCCCGGUAUACGAGGGCGAGCGCACGCAAUGCCGCGACAACCGUCUGCUCGGCGAGUUCGAGCUCACCGGUAUCCCGCCCAUGCCCCGUGGUCAGGCCGAGCUCGUCACCACCUUCGAGGUUGACGCCAACGGUCUCCUCAAGGUCACCGCUCAGGACCGUGCAUCCGGCCGCAAGGCGCAGAUCAGCAUCACGAACUCGGUCGGCCGUCUCUCGUCUGCUGAGAUCGAGCAGAUGGUCAAGGACGCAGAGCAGUUCAAGCAGGCGGACAAGGACUUCUCCGCACGGCACGAGGCCAAGUCCGACCUUGAGAGCUACAUCCACCAGGUCGAGAACACGAUCACGUCGCCUGAGAUCGGCAUGAAGCUCAAGCGCGGCGCGAAGGCGCAGGUCGAGGCGGAGCUCGCGCGUGCGAUGGAGAAGCUCGAGAUCGAGGACUCGUCGGCGGACGAGCUCCGGAAGGCGCAGCUGGGCAUCAAGCGUGCGCUCCAAAAAGCCACCGCCGGUCUCCGGUAA